AGAUCCAGUGAUGCCAUUGUGCUUCUCGCCAUCGUCUAACACCUCUUACAGCCUGCUGUCUCUUCCCAUAUAACCGCAGCCACUUAUCAACUCAUCAACAACAAUCUGUUACACGUCUUGGUCAACGCCACAUCCAGGCUUGUUAUACCUGUCAGGAGUCCACCACGCGAGGCACAGCUUACUUCAGAGCUCGUUACCUCCCUCCCACUCCUUCCUGUGGCAAAUUCACAACCACAAACAGCAAAAUCUCAGAUCAUAACCACACAGCCGCCGACAUGACGACAGUAUCACCACCACAGGCCAUACCGGCCAACAAGGACCUCCAGGCUGCCCGCAAGCGGCGGAGAAGGGCUCCCGCUGGCGGUGCUGCCGACGACUGCUUUGCCUGCGUCAAGACUGGUGCCAAGUGUGACCGGAGGCGUCCCUACUGCUCCCAGUGCCUAGAGUUUGGCAACGAGUGCUCCGGCUACAAGACUCAGCUCACAUGGGGAGUCGGCGUCGCCUCUCGCGGCAAGCUUCGUGGUCUUUCACUUCCCAUCGCAAAGGCACCCCCGGUCCAGCCCGUUCCCAAGAAGGCUUCCAUGCGUGCUCGGGCGAGCUCAAAUGCCACCAGCCAGUGGAGCAACGACUCUGGAGACCGCAGCCCAAAGAGCAUCCGCCGGGAUAGUGUCGAGGUCAGGACCUCACACCUGUCUGCCUCCGUGCCCACCACCCCUUACCAGCAGUUUGGCGAGUACCCCAGGUUUCCUCUGCCCACGGAGCACGCCCCAGUCUCGACGCAGGCGCAGUGGGCGAGCCUCCCCGCCUUCACGGAUCAUUACAACCCGGAGCCCCCGAGGUUCCACAAGAUCAACACAGCCAUGAGCCACUUCUCCAUGAUGGGUGAGCCCAUGUCGGCAUCGGUCGAGUCCCUGAGCGACGUCGAAUACACCAUGUCGCCCAUGGCCCACACCUUUCCCUCGCGUGAGGAGCAACACUUCAUGAGCAGCCCAACCAUCAUCUACGAAGGCUAUGCCACUCACAGCUCCCCGCCGCCGCCGCACAGCCCGGCCUCGGCCAUCAUGAUCAACAACCAACGCUCGGCUGCUCCGUCUUGUCCCAGCCUGGUGUACGCGCCCUCCGAGCACGGCUCCAGCCUCAGCUCGCACCACGACGCCGCCUUUGAUGCCCACAUGGCUCACAGGCUGAUGGCCGACAAUGACACACUGAGUGUUCCUGAGCUGGACUCCUACAGCACAAGUCCUCACUCCAGCGUCAGCGGAUACUGGCCGCCCUCAUCUAUGCGCGAGGAGACCAAACCCCUUCGCCCCCUCGAGCAUAUGCAAGCCCACUCAGCCCUGCCCCUGGAGACCAGCAACCUGCAGGUCAGCCCGGAUCUCAUCGCGAAGAUCCCCUUCUUCCUCGACUACUAUGAGAAGACCAUGUGCCCGUCCAUGGUCCUUAUUGAUGGCCCCACAAACCCGUACCGCAACCACAUCCUGCAGCUGGCUUCGAGCUCGAGGAGUCUGCAGCACGCCAUCUGUGCCCUGGCCGCCUGCAACUUGAGGAUGAAGCGGAGACUCAGCCUUGGCCAGCACUCUCGGGAGUUCUCCUUGGCCGAGAUUGGCAACGGUGACUUGGCUGCUGGUGAUGACCCAUCGCUGUCCGAGGAGCUUCAGCACCGUAACCUGGCCAUCGCUCUGCUCAAUGAGCAGCUCAACGAUCCCGCCAAGGCGUCACACGACUCCGUCCUGGCCACCAUUCUGCUCCUGUGCCACUACAGAAUGGUCGAGUCUGGUAUUGCCAAGUUCCACACUCAGUUUGCUGGUGUCAAGAAGAUCCUCAGCAUGCGCGGCCACGGCUCGAGCUCCUCCGCCUGGAUGGAGGCUGUUUUCACCUACUUUGACUCGAUCUCGGCGAGCAUCAACGACCGUGAGGCACAGCUCAGCCAUGGUUUCUUUGGUCUCUCGCUCGAUGCCCCCUUGAUUCCUGCCGGAGCCGAGAACUGGGUCGGGUGCGACCACGAGCUGUUCAAGACCAUUGGCAAGCUUGGCCGCCUCAACCUUCUCUCUCAACACCGCCCCGUGCAGAGCCCUAUGGACUUCGCGGGCCUGAGGUCCACAUCGCCGAUCGGCUCCCCACUUGGACAGUCAUUCAAGGCCCCUGUUGGCGAUUUCUUCAGCAUUCCGACAGGCCGCUUUGAUGGCAAUGGCUUCAGCACCCAGCUCAACAGCGAGCAGAUGCUGUCCUCGAGCGUGGGGUCUUCGCCUGACUACGACGAUCUCCGCUCCAACUUUUGGCGUGAGUGGAAGGAGGCCCGCACUGCCCUCCAGAGCUGGGAGUUUGAUGCCCAGCGAGUUGCUGCCUCUCUCCCUGAGCCCGCGACACCUAGCACUCUCCGUGACCUUGGUCACCUCUCGGAGGCCUUCCGCUACGCUGCGCUUCUCUACACCGAGCGUCUUGCCUCGCCCCAUGUGCCGUCGAGCCACAACACAUUCCGCAACCUUGUCAGCCAGGUUGUGUACUACGCUACUUCGCUCGAAGCUGGCAGCAGCGCCGAGAAGUUCCUGCUCUGGCCCAUGUUCGUUGCUGGCAGUGAGUGUGUCAACGAGCUCCAGCAGAACAUUGUCCGCAACAAGUGCCGAGACAUCAUGGCUCGUAGUGGCUACAUGAACAACCUCUCUGCCAUUGAGGUCCUCGAACGUCUCUGGGCGGGCGAGUUCCUGCGCCCGAGCGAAAUGGCUCCGGGUGCGCAUAUCGGACCGACCCGCGGUCCUUUCAGCUGGACUAGAUGUCUUGGCGGACGCGGCCCCGACGUCGAGUGGAUCAUGUUCUGAGAAGAGCAUUGCUCGCGCUCAACUUACGUUGACUGUUACGAUCUUGCGCUUUUUUUUUCUCUUUCUUUUUCAUGUUUUGGGUUACACCAAAAGUACCUUGUAUUCAAAAGGGUCGAGCAUGGCGGGUCAUCACUUUACAUUCUGGGCUGGGCAUAAAUGAAGACAUGAUAUUUGGGCUUGGGAGCAUUGUUAAUGGCAGGAGCAUGGCGCACAAACUGGGCAUGCUUGACGAGAACAAAAUCUUGUAUAAUUAGCAGCGAGCGCUGGCUUAUGGUUUUUUUGGUCGGGCAGACCAAGCAACGAAACAAUACAUGAUCACUUUGACAACA